AGUCGUCGCCCUACUUUAACCAAGCCAACUCUUAAACGCGCUACUAUAUUCCACGCGUGGCCGUGCGAAAAUUAUUUGAAAAUCCGUACACCGAUAUUCCGCUACAAGUUUCAUUGACAAGGCACAGAAAUUCUAUGCUUAGUGUUUCCCACAUCGAAUAACUUUGAUUUCGCACACCUCCCGCACGCGAAAGAAUUGCCCCCGCGCGCGUUCUUCGUUCGCGCACGCGAACCCCGUUCCGUAUCGUAUCGCGGAGGCAGUUUCGAUGUACGUUUAAAAAUCCCGCCAACAGGAAAUAAAAAAUAUACGUACACAUGUACGCGGACUGCAGUGCUCUUUUGAACCGAGCGUAUUUUUUGCUCCUUUUUUUUGCACAUUCGAUUGUUUCAUUUUGCGGUUACACGGAAAUUAGCAAAUAAUCGAAACGACGAGUGAUUUCGACAUCUACAACCGUAUUCGGAGGACACUGAACUUUAAAUUGCAGUUCGUAAUCUAGGGAGGCCAUAUUGUUAUUGGCUAACUGCAGAUCACCCCAAUCGAUGGAACGAAAUUCCUCCGAUGACUCCUCCUCCACCAAGGUGGUAUGCUGCGAAUAAAUUAUACACACGACACAUCGUGAUCUUGGUGUUUACCUUGCGAACGACAUUGGCGAUCGCAACGAUUCUCGUUAUACAGAGGCCGUUGUGAUAUCUGGACGCCGUAAAGAGACUUUGCAUCCGGAGAGUUCGAUACGCGCGAUUCCAGGCGAACGAUAUCGCACGGUGAACGCACCUCCGUUUUCACGGGUUGCACGAACGACCCACCCGUUGCGACCGGAAUCGUAAAAAGGUUUUUUGCGUAAAAUCGCCCCAACGAGACGAGACUCGAAUGAAAGUGAUACGUGAAAUGAUUUGAAAAUUAUGAUAAUGAUCGCUCGCGGAACUUCGAUGCUCUUCGUUCGGCUCAGGUUCUCAAAGAAGUAGAAAGUAAGCCAACUUACUCACGAGAGAAAGAGGAAGAGAACGAGGAGAAAAGGACGAAGAAGAUGACCAGCGGGCUUGUCGGCUCGAGAUCAGUGGGCCACGCGAGAAACCGUCAGUGGUCGUUGCUCGAGACCAACAAAGAUGGAGUUAUAAGGUACGACGUGUACUGUUAGAACAAAAGGCUUCUUCGAGUCAUUCUUCGAUCCGCGAGCUUAGCGGGUGGGAUUAACUCGGAACUACCGCCGGUUCGUCAAAUGGUAUUGAGUGAAAACCAAAAAAAAAACAAUCUCUCCGCCAUUUUUGUGCUCCACUAUACGUUGCGGUGAAUUUGCAAAUUACUGCAAUGAUUGUGACGACGGUAGAUGUAGAAUGAAAUUUUCUUGCAGCGAUGUCCUAUAAUAACGAGAAAAUAAAAUACCACGAACAAUUAAUCGUCGCAUCUACAGAUUGUGGCGAUGAGAGAAAAAAGUAAUAGUGUGACUAAAUGAAAAAAACAAAAAACAGGCUAAUAAUGAUUGAGUACGAAUAGUUCCGACCAAUGGUUUUCAAACAAACGAUGAACAAGUACACUAAUAAGUGUCUGAGAAAACGGACGAAACGUCGCCGUUGGAAAUAACAAAAGUUGUUCGCUCUGUAUGACUUCUCGGUGGUGAUCGAGUGUUAGUGGCACCUGUUGCACCGCUGACGAGACCGAAUUUUUUCGAUUCAUCGUACAGUUCCUAAAACAAUUGCAUUUCAAAUAAAAAAAAAAAAAAAAACAUAUAACAGUAAAAACUUUUUCCCGCCGUUUUACUGCCCAUGGGCUAUUCGUCGCUUCGUACAGUGCGCCCAGUUGCAUCUCACAACAGUAAUUCUUACCAAGUCCGAAAGGAGGAAUUUUUAAGUCUUGGAUGUCUGGUUUCGAAAAAUGAAUUAUGACCCUUACGAGCAGCCCGUGUGAGCUAGACAACAUGAGCUUGUUUCAAGAUCUCAAGUUGAAAAGGAGAAAGGUCGAUUCUAGAUGUAGUAGUGAUGGGGAAAGCGCAGCGGACACGUCGACUUCGUCGCCAGACAACAUGCCAAGCUCGCCGGGUUGUCCCGUGAUCAAAGUAAAGACGGAAUUCCUUCGCAGUAGCCCGAGUCCUGGAACACCCCGGGAUAUUCGGGAGCUACGUGAACGAGAUACGAGAGAGGCGACGUCCGAUCGUGCGUCACCAGACUCCGUAUUUCCCGAAGCUGCGAGCUCCAGAGGCGCUGAAGAACGAUUUUGUACCCCGGCAGCUAGCGCGUCACCCGUAUCACCGCUCCAAAGUCAUACCACUGUGUUCACCAGUCCCACGCCAAGGGAAGUUCAUAGAGGCGAAACCCCCGACCGAGGUACGAGUAAUCACUACCUAGUCCAACCCAAGGAAGAGUCCGACAACUCGGUAUUCGACGGAGGAGGUCGUACGGAUGGCUCGAGCCGCCUCAGCAGUCAUCGAAGCCCUUCGCCGAGUCCAAAUCGGAACCAAAGUCCGAGUCCUGGAACGGGAAAUGGGGGCAUCGGUGGCGGCAGCGGUAGUUGCGGUUCCGGUUUUAAUCAACAACCCGGACCCCGGCAAAGAGCACCGACUGUUCCUCCGCAUCUUCUCGCGCAUCAUCAAUUUUGGACUCAAAAUCCUGGAGUCCAAAGUUUCACCACUCAAAGACUGUUAAACGGAGUCAUCAGCAGCGCUGUUAACUUCGGACAAAAUCUCACCAGCGCUACUGGUGCAUCGAAUGAAGGAAUGAAACCACCUGCCCAAAGAAUAGCACCGGCGAUCUCGCGACCAGCACCGACGGUUAUGAUGGGUGAAGUAGGAGGUGUCCGAACCAUGAUAUGGUCCGUACCACCGUUGGAACCUGCGCCACCUCCUACUGCCUCCUGGACAGCGACAACAGCCUCAAGUUCAACCUCCGAAGAAUCCGCCGCUCAAGUUCUCCUGAACCUCAGGGCAGAACCGAGAGGGAAACCACCCGGGACUUCGCAAUCCUUUGGGCCUCCACUGAAUAUGGAGCGUCUGUGGGCCGGCGAUCUCUCUCAACUUCCUGCAGCGCAACAGAUACAAGCACUAAACCUUACCGCUAGUUCUAGCCAACCUUGGUCGAGAAACGGUAACAUGCUAACUACGGAGGCUCCGUCGCAACCGCCAUCGGUGCCGCCUCUUCAACCCCAGGAACACGAAGAGGAGGAACAACCGAUGAUCUGUAUGAUAUGCGAGGAUAAAGCGACGGGCCUUCAUUACGGCAUCAUCACCUGUGAAGGAUGCAAGGGUUUCUUCAAGAGGACCGUGCAAAACCGGAGAGUAUACACCUGCGUAGCGGAGGGAAUUUGCGAAAUAACGAAAGCCCAACGGAAUCGGUGUCAAUAUUGUCGUUUCAAAAAAUGCAUCGAACAGGGUAUGGUUUUGCAAGCGGUUCGAGAAGACAGAAUGCCAGGUGGUCGCAAUUCCGGAGCUGUCUACAACCUCUACAAGGUCAAGUAUAAGAAACACAAGAAGACCAACAAGGGGAUGAACUCUGGCGUUGGUAUAGGUGGUACGGGUACAGGUGUCAAUGGUUCCGGAUCUCUUGGUGCAACGAAGGGUACAAUGGUACCUACGAUGCUGGAGAAACACAUGGCUGCCGCGGCCGCCGCACACCAUAAUCAACAACAUGCGCAGUUAGCGGGAGCCCUCCUACAGCAUCACAAAGCCUCAUCCGGUCCAGAAUCAAUGAAUAGCUCUCAACAGCCCGCCUCUGGGCAUCAGGGCCAUCAAGGUCAUCAGGGGCACGCCGGGCACCUCGUCAAUGGUACCAUCCUCAAGACUGCUCUCACCAAUCCUUCCGAGGUGGUACAUCUACGGCAGAGGCUAGACAACGCAGUUAGCAGUUCAAGGGAUAGAGCUUUUCCCCUGGAUGCUACGCUUGCCAUGAUUCAAACCCUUAUAGACUGUGACGAGUUCCGAGACAUUGCCACAUUAAGGAACUUGGAUGACCUGCUGGACCAUAAGUCAGACUUAAGUGAAAAGUUGUGUCAGAUAGGAGACAGUAUAGUGUACAAAUUGGUGCAGUGGACCAAGAGGUUACCGUUUUACCUUGAGCUGCCUGUUGAAGUGCAUACAAGGCUACUCACGCACAAGUGGCAUGAAUUGCUGGUGCUCACGACCUCCGCUUAUCAAGCGAUUCACGGGCAACAAAAGUGGACCGGCGUUGGUAGCGAUGGCACGGGUGCAGAUUUUACGCAAGAGGUUUCAAAUAACUUGUGCACUCUGCAAACGUGCCUCACAAGUAUGAUGGGAAGGCCAAUAACCAUGGACCAAUUGCGGCAAGACGUAGGACUGAUGGUGGAAAAAAUUACGUACGUGACACUCAUGUUCCGACAGGUGAAAUUACGAAUGGAAGAAUAUGUAUGCCUAAAAGUAAUCACCAUGUUAUCUCAAGCACGAGAGGGUACAUUGGAAUUGGAACAAAUCCAAGAGCGGUAUAUGAGCUGUCUACGCAGUUUUGUGGAACACAGUGCACCUCAGCAACCAGGCCGCUUUCAUGAUCUCCUCGUCAGAUUGCCUGAAGUACAGUCAGCGGCAGCUCUACUACUCGAGAGCAAAAUGUUCUACGUUCCUUUCCUAUUGAACUCAGCAAUUCAAAGAUAGUAAAUAAAUAAAUACCUAAACAAACAAAUAGACUUGAAAAAAUGAAAGCUUUGUUUGUGAAUGUAUAAUAACUAUAUAAUAUAAAUGUGUGUGUUCGUUGCGUUGUACAAAACUAAAACUAAAACAAAGGAACUGAACUUUUUUACCAAAACUAGAAGACUAUAUUUCUGUACGCAGCUGCGCAACUUCGUCAUGUGUGUUCACAUUGCAUAAUCCGAUUAACAAGACUCUCGUAUGCUCACCAUUGGUCACGUUACAUCCACAUCUCAACCUCAAUGUCAACAUCUGACGUGAUAUACUACAUUUCUAUGGAUCAACUCGACUAUUUUCUAACUUUAUCAACUCAUGAUCUAUAAAAUCAUCGUAAUUAUUAUAGUAUAUGAAGCAUUCUUUUGUAUUCAGCACCUACUGAUUUACUGCCAUUGGCGCAACAAAGCCUUUGUUUCACUCCUCUUACAUUUCGUAAUUUCAGAAAUAUUUAUCAACCCCAUCCCUAGUACCGUCUUCACUGAAACCCAACCUUGUGGCCAUGAACUGUUUACCGUUACCAUUUUGCCAUUUGCAUACUGUUAUGCAUAUUGCACUCCUACUACUACAGCUGUAUGUUCCAAUGUUAGGUUCACUUGAUAAGUUGAUUAAUAGUGACAGUGUCACAAGCCUAUGAUGUCCAUUGAUUUCACGCUAUGUGUUGUCAAUCAAGAUCAAGUUGAAUUAUUAUGUGAACAAUAUUAAUUUUACUGAAAAAUGGACUCUAUGUUUGAACGGUUUUUUAAAUUGUAAGUAGAGUAAAUUGAUGCCAUCUAAAUCCUGAUUUGUGACUUUCACAUUUUAUUAAUGGCAAACUGUUUGCCUAAAAAUCACUCAUAUUUUUACAAUGUCAAAACGCAUGUGAUAUGGAUCACUAUUUGCAUAAUAGACUGAUACAUAUGUUCGUGCAGUAAAUUUCUCAAAUAUACAUAUACGCAUGUGGUAAAAUUAUUUGUGUCUGAUUUCCCAUCUAGAAGUAAAGCGAUAACCACAAGUAAUCAGUAAUAACAAAUUAAAACUGGUUAUCGAUUUGAAUUUCAUGAUUCACAAUUUCGUUAUACAAUGUUACAUACAUGCAUAGAGUGAGACCUAUUGAGAUUACUGAAUUUCUUGAGUGAAUCUAACAUAACAAACAAAUUUAGUUACCGACGACAUAAUUGAUUGACAUCAUCAAAAAAUCAUUAUAUUUAUGUUACUACUUGCUGAAGUUACCACAAUGAAUGUCAUAUAGUAUUACUAAACGUCGAACGCAUCUGAAUUCCGACGACGUAUACAUAAACCGUACAUAUGUAUAUUACAUUGUGAAUGUGAAUAUGCUUUAUGUUUCUCUUGAAAUUCAUUGUCAAAUAAAUUUCAUGUGCUGAAAUAUUGGAAUUUAUUCGAAUAUAACUUGAAUAUCAGGGUGCAUGAUAAUUUAUAAAUAUGUAAUAUACUCAUGGAUGAGUAAUUCAAUUUUGGUGCGUAAUUAUAACAUUUCGUGUAAUUGUUUUUUUUUUUUUUUUUAUUUAAGAAGCAUAAAAUUAAUUAUAUUGACUUUUUUCACAUCAUUAUUAUACAGAUCCAUAAAUUCGAACUUUUUGUUCGUUCUUCUUUCUUGCUUUCAAGAGAAAUAUAUGGCGAAUCAAUAGGCUCAACUAUUUAAGGUACAGGAUAUUAAAUCAAGAGUACCAAUGGCCGAUACUAGUUAAUAUUGUUCAUGUUAUAAAAAUAACUAUUAUACAUACUUUGAGCACGUUGUUUUGGAACAACCUUAAUUAUUCGAUCUUGCCUCCAUAGAAAUUAUCAUAACUAUAAAUCACUGAUGUAUUUAUGGUCAUAAGCGUGAGUUAUAUUGUGCUUACUCCGUAUCAACAAUCCUAUUCAUACACAUCUUUGCUUAUUCUUGAAAACAUAUAUAUUUCAAGAAUAUACGGUAAAAUUGGCCAUUCAAAUGUUCCACCAAUAUUUUUUCACAUCGUAUUCUGAAGACAUAUAAAUAAGUAAAGCUCGUCCAAAUGAGAAGUGAAUAAAUAUGAAAUUGCUUCCAAUUCUUUGGUUUCCACUCCUUUAGGUUGACAACUGUCAGUCCGUCGUUCAACGAUAAUCGCAUCCUGUGGUCUCACCGAAUAUUCUCGGUACACUAUCUACAUUCCUGUUAUUUAUGAACUAUUUCUCUGAUUGUGUGGUGCUAUGUACGAUAUGGUUCAGAAUGUAUUGUUUGUGUCAACCACUCAUUUUUUUACGCCGGAUGGAAAAAAUUGACCAAUCACUGAUUACUCAUGGUAAUUUAAAUCUAACUAGCACCUGCAGACUUGACAAUUUAGAACAUGUCGCUAAUAGUAAUAGGUGACGUUAUUCCAAAUAAGUUUAAUCAGCGAAAAAUAGCCCGGAUUGAAGAUACCACACUUAUGCUUCGAAUAUAUUAUUCAUAUUAAUUGACCAACGGAUUUUCGGCCUUUGGUAAGGUUCGUACCAAUAUUAACGGAUCAGGGAUUUGAGAUUGGUUGUUAUAAUUCAAUGUGUCACUACCGGUAAACAACACGGAAUUUGUUAAUCAUUCAUAACCCAAACACGAAGGGUUGUGACAAAUCACAAAAUACCUAGCUUAUGGCCAAAAGUACACGUCCAAAGAAUCAACAUGAAUUACGCAGAACUUUAGGUCUAUUGACUCAAAGGCUACUUGUCCAUACUAUAAGACUUAACUACUGAUGGACACUUUAUAUUGUAAACAUUUAUAUUAUUUGUGAAUAUGCGAAUAUGCAGUAAGGAUUCCUGUAUUCCCUGAUAUCAGAAACUCGUAUUCAUCAUUAUUAUUCUAGGUCUGCAGCUUAAGAUCUACGGUAACGUUGGCGGGCCCAAAUUGACCAAAUUACAAAAGAACGUUAAAUAUAAAUUGAUCGCAUCACAUAUUUGCACUUACCAUUUGGAAUCAAUUGGAUCUGAUUUUCAGAUUUCAAAUGGUGGUCAAGCGAACUUUGAUGAUUUAUUGCAUGAUUGAUCGAGUCCUAAACUUUCUUGAAGAUGAAAAACAUGGCGAGUACUUUUGUGGUUUUAUCGAUUUAUGCAUGCCCAACUAAUUAUCUUACCAGUCCCAGUAGCAUAACAGUGUUAAUAUUACAAUUUUAUUGUUUCAGGGAAUUAUUUUGUCAGUUUUUAGGCAAAACGAAGCAUUUACAAAUUCUUUUUGCACGUAAUUAUUUGUUGCCUUGACGUAUCAGGCAGCCUUUUUUGGGGGAUAUAGUAGGGACGUCUGUAUGUUGAAAAGAAAUGUUUUAAUCUAUGUUGAAAUCUUAUUUUAGUCUUCAACAACACGUAGCAUUCAAUUGAAAUCGCAUAGCGGGAUUUAGUUUCAAUCCAGAUUGAAUAUUUAUGAAAACUUAGGUAAUUAUAGAGACAAAGAAAUUAGUAUAAAAAUAAAUAAGAAAAUUUUUUACCAUAAUCAAGACAUCUUAUUUUUUGUAAAUGUUGUACUUGUGUUACAGGAAAUCAUAACGUGAUCAAAGUAUAGAAAUUGUUCAGGCAUAAUAAUAAUGAUGAUAGUAAUUGAUUUGAAGUAAUUACAAAUCUUUAGAAGUUUCGUUACAUUUGGUCGCUUUUGAUAGUUCUCUUUUUGUCUACAUAUGUAGCUACAAUCUCGUUAUUGCGCAGUUAUAAAUAUGUAUAUACAUGGCAUAUCUUUAAUAAAGCCUAUUAGAGAAUUUUAUUUUGUUUUUGUACUUUGCUCUAUCAUUUUUACACGUACAUACAUACAUUUGAUGAAGUUCAGUCUCGCGCGGCAAAUACCAUUAUGAGAAUAAAGGUAUGCAAGCUUAACAAUAAGUUUCAUGGUUAACAAGGGUAAAACGUGAAACUAAUAUUUCGUUUGAAUGGAAAGAAUUUCUUUUACAUAUUCUAAAUAUUGCCAUGACAGCUACACGCGUGAUACCCCCUCCCUCCCUUUUUCCUUAUUGUAAUCUUAUAUAAUGAUCGACCUAUAUCCUUCGUGAUAACGUUGUAAAGACACGAGUAAAAGAAAAGGAGCUGUAAAUUGUGUUCGUUGCUUACGCAUAAAUAUAGAACUAUUGAUGGUUAUUAUCUUUAUACAAACGGUAUUACGAACAUAUUUUAGAAAAUGUACAUGAUUAGUCUCAAUUGGAGAUGAGCUUAUUAUUGUUCUUCUGGAACGGUGUAACAUAAUAAAAAGUUAUAUUUGACUGACAUUCUUAUAUAAUUCGCCACAUAAACUGAACAGACUAUAAACGUGAUCUUGUGUAUUCUGUAAAGAAUAGAAAGAGAAAAAUACUCUCCUGGUAAAGAGUGUACAUAUUAUGAAUUACACCCAAAGACAUAAUCGCGUAUGAAUAUUUGGGAGUACAGGUAUUUCUUACAGGGUAGCAAGCGUUUGAUCAGCAAGACUUAGGGCAUUAUACUACCAAGAGUAUUAUCGUGCCCAACCUUUAAUAUUUAAGUGCGAGUGAGAGUCGGUGAAAAUGCCUCUCGUUUAUGGGUUCAACUUUGUACAUAUUGUACGAAAAUUUAAUAAUAACUAUGUUAAAAGUACUAGUCCGUUUUUGUACUUCUGAAUACCUUUUAUCAAAAAUCAUGAUUCCAUUUACUGCAAUUACGUGUUUUACUUAUUGGCUACUCCAUGCAAAGUCGCAUACAUAUACAUAUAUGUAAUAGACAGUUAUGUAUGAUGAAUUUAAUUGUGAUAACACAUAAUUUUUGAGCUUCAAAAUGACUUUCAACGAAUGACAAUUAUCAUGGCAAUUGUGUCUCUCUCGUUGUAAUUUAUCAUCUCAGAAUAACCAAUAUUCUCAAUUCGUUGAAAGGUAGCUUUGUCCUUGGCAAUCAUUUAAUGAUGGGAUGGUGAUGAUUAUUUGAAAUAUGUAAAAUUCAAAUUGUGAGUUACUAAUUUAAGUAUAUACUUUUUGUUAUAUCUCAGUGAUACUUACAUGUUUUAAUAAUUAUAUACAUAUAUUAGAACUAAUUUUCUACGAUCAGCUAUUAUUAUUGGCAUUCGAAUUUGUUUUAAUCCCUACAGAUCAGUGUUUGUUUUCCUCUGAUCGCGCCCGUGUACACUAAUUUACUUGUAACCGUACUAUACAAAUCGUUAUGCCAUAUAACAAUUGUGUAAGAAACAGAAGGAGAUCAUGAUAAUAUCCACUAAACGAACAAUUAAUACUUGCACCAUGAAGCCCAUGCAUGCUAUGGAAAUAAUAAUUCUUUCAUCACUUUGGUGGUGGUAUCAUUUCUACGUCGUUUAGUGGCGUCUAAUGACAUGUUUUCCGAAUUUAUUUUCAGAAUCUAACAGAUACCGACGGAUUUGGCUGACAUUUCCUUUAUACUUACUGCUUUAUACUUGUUUCAAUCUCUUCUGGUUCCAUACACUUAUGUUAUAUCUACAAUCUAUGUUGGUAUGAGAGAAAUACUAAAUUUGUAACCGGAAACACCAAUACUUGCUCAUUUAUGAUGAAAAUUUGGAAUUCAUACUUGUGACAUUUGUUUUCAUAAAUUUAUGACAGAUAGAAUCAACAGAAAAAAGAGUAAAAAUUAUCUGUAAUGUGCACACAUUGUGAAAGAUAUCUGUACUCUUUCUAAAGUUGGACCGUAUACUCCGAAAUCAUAAAUUGGACAUGUUCAGCUAUUUGUCAGCAAAUGUUAACCCAAAAACGACAGACAUGUAUAAUUGUCAUAUUGGCAAUAAUUUUUCAACGAAUGAGUCAAAGUUACCAAUUUCUACCUGUGUUCAAAAAGCAAACCUUCACUCUUGCGUUCACCAUUGAUGUUUUUUUUUUUUUAAUUUUUUCUUUCAAUCGAGAUUGGGCACUAUGAAGGUCGUUGUCAAUGCUGGGAACUUGUGUUCUAUAAAAAGCGACAUAAGUAUCUUUAUGUCGAGAUAAGGAAAUCGUUAUAUUUAGGAUUUGGCUUUAAAAGACUGACCAUGAUUUUACAUUUUCCACUUCUGCAAAUGGAAGAUCGUAUAAAACUUAUCUAAACUCCUGCCUUGCAAUACGUACUAUUAAAAUCAGGCGAAGUGAUAGAAAAAUAACGAAAAAAAAAAAAAUAAUGAUAAGAAUUUGCAGCCUCAAAAUACAUAAAACUUUUAGAUAUUAUUGCUGUUUUUUACACUUUGAAUGGGAGAAAUUUGUCUGAUUUAUUCACAUAUGGUGAUGAAACCAUGUGUUUUAUAAACACAAUAAAGUAUAUUAUACGCGAUAAUUGAUAAAUAUUCAAAUCAUUAUCAUGUAAAUUUACAUUUAAAGAAAUAAUUUCAUCUCAUCCUUUCGUUUUAUUUAUAAUUCGCACAUCGGAUACCAUGUGUUUCGGAUACAUUGUGACGCUAAAAAUUUAUAGGACGACGGAGCUUAUUUCGGAAUAUACAUAUAUUUCAGAGUAGAAUGAUUCUAAAGCUUAUUGUUUUUAGAUAUACUUACUGUCCACCAAGUUUGAUUUUACGAUUUUAGAGAAUCCGAUGUGCAAAUAAUCAUCACACGGGUUGCAUUUUUGAUAGAAUAUCAUGCUUGUAUGUAGGUAAAUUCAGAUGAGGGUUGAAAAUUGCAUCGUUAUUAAUCGUUAAAAUAUCUUACAUACGAAAACAAUCGAAUGGUUCAAAUUUUCAAUGGUCAAAAAUCAAUGGGAAAUAAUGUGAUCAUGAAAAAAACUUUUUCGUAAUAGUGAUGAAUCGAUUUUUCUUCUACAAAUGUGACAUUUGUGUCACCUUGUAGUUUUUCAAGUAUGCGAAACUUUCUGAUCUUAGAAGUGAAAGCAACUUGAAGUAACUGACGUGAUUCUCAAACGAUGUAAAAAAGCCUUAUCGCUUUAAAAAGUCAUUGAAAAUCCAGGCGACAAUUCAAUCAUCCAGCAUUUUCUAUUUCGUCCGAUAAACGGUGGUAAUAGUCUGUACACAGUUCCUAAAACCAAAUCGUCUUAUCGUCUCUAUGUUAGUAAGAAAUUUCGUAUUUUUUUUCUUUUUUCCCGUUAUUCCGUAUGGUCAGGUACAACUCAAAGUUGCACAACUGUAAACUA